CAUUUACAUAUUUUGUUCGAUUUCCAAACACAUAUUAUAUGUUUACCAAGCAAAAAUCUAUCAAAAUGUUAGGCUCGAAGUAUUUGUAUUGAAGACUUUCCAAGAUUCUUCUUCCAAGAUUAUUUUAGCAUUUUUGCAAUUUUUUGUUCAAUCUUGACCCUUGGCAUUGAUCCCGAGCUACAACGGAAAUAAAAAAUAAUACAAAAAUAUGUAAUUAGUCAGUGUAAUAAGACUUGUAAACAAAAUUCCGUGUUGAAAACGCAAGACAAGUUCAGGACGGGGCAGGAAUCUAGCUCACGUCAUGGCUGAUAAGGACAAGGACAAGGACAAGGGCAAGGGCAAGGAGAAGGAGAAGCCCACCGGACAGGAUGCAGAAAAGUAUACCCAAGAUGGAGAUAUAGCCACAUGGCGCAGGACCCGCUGCUUCGUCCUAUUGAUGCUCUUCCUGGGAAUGGCCAAUGCCUAUGUGAUGCGAACGAAUAUGUCGGUGGCGAUUGUGGCCAUGGUGAAGAGGAAUACGGGCGAGGGUGAGUUCGACUGGAGCUACAAGCUGCAGGGCUAUAUCCUGUCAAGCUUCUUCUACGGCUACGUGAUAACCCAGAUCCCGUUCGGCUUCCUCAUCAAGUACUAUGGUGCCAAGCACUUUCUCGGCUGGGGCAUGAUGAUCAAUUCGGUGGCCGCCUUUCUGGUGCCCAUCUCCGCCCGGGCCGGCGGCUACAUCGGCCUCUGUUGCGUUCGGUUCAUCCAGGGCCUGGGCGAGGGACCCAUCGUGCCCUGCUCCCAUGCCCUGCUGGCUCACUGGACGCCACCCGCAGAGCGAUCUCGUGCGGGUGCCAUUGUCUAUGCCGGUGCCCAGUUUGGAACGAUCAUAUCGAUGCCGUUGAGCGGCCUCCUGGCGGAGCACGGCUUCGAUGGUGGCUGGCCCUCGAUCUUCUAUGUCUUUGGGGCAGUCAGCACCGUUUGGUGUAUCUUCUUUCUGUGGUUGGUGGCCGAGAAUCCGGAGAAGAGCUCUCGGAUAUCGGCUGCGGAGCGACAAUACAUCUUGGAUUCCAUUUGGAAGGCUCAGCCGGAGGAUGCCGCUGGACCAAUGCCAUACCUCAAGAUCAUUCGAGCGAUGCCCUUCUAUGCGAUCCUGGUGGCCCAUGCCGGACAGAACUAUGGCUACGAGACGCUGAUGACGAUGCUGCCGACCUACAUGGACACGGUCCUAAAGGUGAACAUCCGGGAGAAUGGCUUCGUGUCGGCGCUGCCGUAUGUGGCCAUGUGGCUGCUGGCCAUGGUGUUUGGCUUCGUGGCCGAUUGCCUCAUCAAGCGGUCCUUCUCCGUCACCAUAACCCGCAAAAUGAUGAACAGCAUCGGGCAGUAUGGCCCAGCCCUGGCCCUCAUUGCAGUUAGCUUCGUCCAUCACAAUCUCAUCCUCACCUGUGGGGUGUUCGUGCUCGGCCUUGGCCUCAACGGCGCCAUUUAUUCGGGCUUCAAGAUCAAUCAUCUGGAUAUAUCGCCCCGAUAUGCCGGCCUGCUGAUCGCCAUUACCAAUUGUUGUGCCAAUCUGGUGGGUCUGACGGCUCCGAUGGUCGCCGGACAUGUAAUCCACAACGGGCCCACGGUGGAGAACUGGAGAAUCGUGUUCUAUAUAUCAGCCGGUGUGUUCAUUUUCUGUGCUACCUUCUACAAUAUCUUUGCCACUGGCAAGUUUCUGUGGUAGAAAGAAACAAUUCCCCAUUGUAUUUUAAAUCUUGCGACACUAAUGUCAUAAUAAAUAAAUGUAAAUUAAUUGUAUGUUAA